GUGCCCGCGCCCCUCCCCGGCCCUGGAUUCCGCUUCCCCUCCGCUCGCGCUGCAGCCGCAGCCGCCUCCAGGCCCCGCGCCGCCUCCGGAGUCCAUGGCCGGGACGCGCUGGGUGCUCGGGGCGCUGCUCCGGGGCUGCGGCUGCAACUGCAGCAGCUGCCGGCGCACCGGCGCCGCCUGCCUGCCCUUCUACUCGGCCGCCGGCUCCUUCCCUUCGGGCGUCUCGGGCCGGCGCCGCCUGCUGCUGCUGCUCGGGGCCGCCGCGGCCGCCGCCUCCCAGACGCGCGGCCUCCAGACCGGGCCGGCGCCCGCCGGGAGGCUGGCGGGGCCUCCCCCCGCGGCCACCUCCGCCGCCGCCGCGGCCGCCGCCUCCUACCCGGCCCUGCGCGCCCCGCUGCUGCCGCAGUCGCUGGCGGCGGCCGCCGGCCCGGCGCGGGGCUACAGCCAGGAGUCUAAAGCUACCUACCUGGAAGACCUUCCACCUCCCCCUGAGUAUGAAUUGCCUCCAUCCAAGUUAGGAGAGGAAGUGGAUGAUGUUUAUCUGAUUCGAGCUCAAGGAUUACCAUGGUCGUGCACUGUCGAAGAUGUGCUUAGCUUUUUUUCAGACUGCAGAAUCCGCAAUGGUGAGAAUGGAAUACACUUCCUCUUAAAUAGAGAUGGGAAACGAAGAGGUGAUGCCUUAAUUGAAAUGGAGUCAGAGCAGGAUGUGCAGAAAGCCUUAGAAAAGCACCGCUUGUACAUGGGGCAGCGGUAUGUGGAAGUAUAUGAGAUAAACAAUGAAGAUGUGGAUGCCUUAAUGAAGAGCCUGCAGGUUAAAUCUUCCCCUGUGGUAAAUGAUGGAGUGGUUCGCUUGAGAGGACUUCCUUAUAGUUGCAAUGAGAAAGACAUUAUAGACUUCUUUGCAGGACUGAAUAUAGUAGACAUUACUUUUGUGAUGGACUAUAGAGGGAGAAGAAAGACAGGAGAAGCCUAUGUGCAGUUUGAAGAACCAGAAAUGGCCAGCCAAGCCCUAUUGAAACACAGGGAAGAAAUCGGUAACCGAUAUAUAGAGAUAUUUCCAAGCAGAAGGAAUGAAGUUCGAACACAUGUUGGUUCUCAUAAGGGAAAGAAAAUGGCAUCUCCUACUGCUAAGUAUAUAACUGAGCCAGAUGUGGUCUUUGAAGAACAGGAAGUAAAUGAGGAUAUUCGACCUAUGACAGCUUAUGAAAGUGAGAAGGAAAUCGAAUUGCCUAAGGAGAUGUCAGAAAAGCUUCCGGAGCCUGGUGAUUUUGGAACUACAUCUUCACUACACUUUGUUCAUAUGAGAGGAUUGCCUUUCCAAGCCAAUGCCCAAGACAUUAUAAACUUUUUUGCUCCACUGAAGCCUGUUAGAAUCACCAUGGAAUACAGUUCCAGUGGGAAGGCCACUGGAGAAGCUGAUGUGCACUUCGAUUCCCACGAGGAUGCUGUUGCAGCUAUGCUCAAGGAUCGGUCCCACGUUCAGCAUAGGUAUAUUGAAUUGUUCCUGAAUUCAUGUCCAAAGGGAAAAUAAGACUCCAGAUAAUAAGGAUGAAGCAAGAAGCAUUUCAUUUGCACAUCUUUCUUGGAUAUGGGAUAUACAAUUCCAGUGUUUUAGCAGCAACUGUUAGAGAAAGGAUAUGGGGGUUUUGGGUUAAUUGCUUAAGAAAAAUUCCAUAGUGGACUGUUUAGAAAGAAAAAGGAAAGAUUCAGUUUGGAAUUAAAUAAAUCACAAAUUUAAAUUUUGUUUAAAACUGUCUAGGAUAGGAUCUGAUUUACAAAUCUGGUCUUUAUUUUAUGAUUAAAUAAUUUGUUUUCAUAGAGAUUGUUAUCCAAUGUAAAGACUGCAUAUUUUUAUUCAGCCCUGUCAUUUAAAAUCUUCUUCCCAUUUUAAAAAAUGAUUUUUUUGAGAGCUCUGAUAUAAAACUUCCUAUGGAAUAAAAUACUGAUUUAUUUUAACCAAAUACUCACCAAAGCAAAGAAAGGUUUCAGACCUUUGAAUCAUUAUGAUUUGGUAGAGUAGUUAUAAUUUUAGGUGUAUUGAUGACUUAAGGGGUAGGAAUGUAAAAAAAAAAAGAUUCAAAACAAAAAAAUAAAUACCACUGGUUAGUAUAAUGGACAACUAUUUGGCAGUGUCACAUCUUUAGAAAUGUUUGGCCUUUCUAAGCUUGUGCUACUGGCAUUUAACAUAGUGCCUGUGUGCUUUAGGAGGGAAUUCUAGUCUCAACUUAAAAGUUGUCUGAACACAUCCCCAUCCCCUGACCCCCUUUUUUGGUUUUGGGUAAACAUUAGGGGUGUUAGUCUCAAAACUGUGAAGUGACAUCUCAAAACAGUCCCUACUGGUAAGGAUCUUAAUGGCUUCACUUGAAUUUAAACCAGCUCUAGAUAGGAAAAAACCUAAGUCCCUUCAUUUGCUUUUUCAGUGGGGUAGCACAUCCCAUAUUUUAGAAUAGGGGUGCCUUGCUUAAAUAAAAAUAGCAUUUAAUGUACAAUUGUGUGAAGGGUUUAUGGAUAAAGCUGUACUUCUGUCACAUUGUGGCAGUACAUUCUGCUUUCAUAUUAAAUAGCUUGUUAUUUAAAUACUGGAUCAAAAUGGCUGGCUUGAAAAUGUAGUCAUUAAUAAACUAAUUUUAUGUGCACCUGUGUAGGAGAAUCAAAGUCCUGUAUACUUUCUUUGCCUUGUUCCUGUUCUCAGGGUCACUACUGCUAUGUAGUUACCAAGAGAUGCAAUUCUAGAUCUUAAAAUCGAAUUAGUCCAGAUUUUUGAGAGGUGAUAUUUGGAAGAGAGAUUAUGUCUUCUCUCACUCAGUACAUAACCAUCUUUGAUUACCAGCUAAGAUACAAAAUCACUGUACUGUAAAUAGUUAAUAAAUGAAAGCUUGGUUCAGGCAGAUUACCUAAGAGUAUUUAUUUUGGAGUGUGUGGAUAAACCAAAUAUAUUUUUAUUACAUCAGGUCCUGGUAUAUUAUUAUAAGGAGACAUGAUUGGCUUUCAGUUGUGUUUGUCAUCCAGUGAGAACAUGACUGACCCAGUUUAACAGCUUCAGCGUUCCUACUUAAAUGGAAAUAUGUUUUCAUACAUGUGUACUGAGCUGUGCAAACUGGUGUCUGUAGCUGUAUGACCUGCUAGAAUGUGAUCUUUUCUCUCCCUUUAGCAGUAGGCAUCCAAUUUGCUGUGGAAAAAAUCUGUAGGGUUUUUGGGAAUUGGGGAUGGUGAGGAACUAAUUCAUUUGCAAUUACUGUAUUUUGGAGCUAAUGAAUUUCAUUUGCAUAUCCCUGGGAAAAGAAAGAGCAAAAGCCUUAAAGUGUUGUGUGGUGGGUAAGCUGGAAAGGGUGUGUCUUCCUGCCACACUAGUGGCUGAGUUCUUUUUAAAAAGGUGGCCAUUCUUGGGAAGUCUUAUGAAUUCAUAUACUUUUCCUAGCCUCCCUUUAGCAAGUUAUUGCUCAUAAUUUAGGCUACUAAAUGAAUACUUGCUGAGAAGGCAGGUGUAAAAAAGCAUGUGUAAAAUAGCGUGAUAGAAUAAAAGUGAUCUUUUAUUUCUAUCCAAUCAAAAGACAUAUUUCUUCUUUCCCCAAAUUUGAUAAAACUGGAUUGUUUGUCAUCAAUUGCUAUUGAAAUAAGUAAUGACAGAGGUUUUCUCUUCUAUUUGUGUCUUUAUAUUCUCCUUUGUGGGAAAGCUAUCAAAAUUGCCAGAUUGGCUGUGGCCGGGAUACCCAUAUACUGCUUUAGUUAGCUACUUCUUAAGGAGCUGUAAGGGAGGACUCUGAUAAGGAACCUCAUCAAAGUGUAGGUUUUUGUGUAGAUCCCAAGGAGGAAAUUGCUAGAUUGUGAUCUGAUCUGAGAUACUCACUGAUGCCAGAGAAGGAAGCAGAACCCAGAGUAUUUGUCCCUCUGUGUCUGGGUGAAGGCAGCUUCUGCCAGGUGGGAGGGAGACGGGGUGAGCUAUGGAGCGGAAGUCUGAAGCCUGGACACAUCUGCAGUGUGGGGAGGAAGUAGCAGGGGAAAGCACUUCCAUCUACAUGACAUUUGGAGGCAAGGGCCCCGCGUAUAGUCAACAUCCCUAUUGGCAUCCUCUGCCCUAAACCAUUCUCAUUGGGAGAUUUUUCUCUGGGUUACAUCCUAUUCAUUUUACAAUUUAAAACAUUCUUUUGUUUUCACAGUUUCCCUAAAUCAUGUGGAAGGGUUUAUAUUCAAUUGGUAGGACACAUUAUAGAGCAGAAUGGUAUUUCAGCAGUAGAGGCAGGCCUAAGUUCCAUUGCCUUUCAAAAAAAAUAGCCCUAAUGUGGUAGGAAUGGACUUUUCCCUCCGGAUUCUGCAGAUUAGAAGAUACUCUUUGAAGUUUGUACGAAGGGAAUAAAGCUGCUAUGAACAGUCGUGUAGGUUUUUGUGUGUACAUAAUAUUUCAACUCAUUUGGGUAAAUGCCAAGGAGUGGGGUUGCUGGAUCAUAUGGUAAGACUGUUUAGUUUUAAUAAGAAAUGCUAAACUAGCUUCCAAGGCGGCUGGCUGUUCCAUUUUACAUCCCGACCAGCAAUGAGUGCUGGUUCCUGUAGCAACUCAUCUUUGUCAGCAUUCGGUGUUCUCAAUGUUUUGAAUUUGAGCUGUUGUAAUAGGGUGUCGUAUCUUGUUUUAAUUUGUGAUUCCAUAGUUUCAUAAGAUGUUGAGAAUCUUUUAACAGAUUUGAAUCUGCAUAUUAUCUUUAGUGAAGUGUCUGUUAAGAUCUUUUGCCUAGUUUUUUAGUUGGGUGGUUUUCUUCAUUUUAGGAAGGGGAUAUAAGAAGGUUUUAUUUGGUGUUUAAACCUUGAUGAUAUGAAAAAUAAGAUACUUUUUAAAUUUGUAUAUAUUUUAUUUUUUGAAGGAAAUAAUAUUCUAGAGAUAUAGAGGGGUGUACGUCCUCUGAUCCUGUACUUCAGCCACUUACUUUCCUUUAGGUAGCCCUGUCAUCACUUUCUGAUGUAAACUUCCAGUGAUAUUUACUGUAUAGAUAAGCAAAUAUAACAAACAUUUUCAUUUCUUCUUAGCAUACUAUACAUACUAUUCUGAACCCUUUUCUCAUUUAGUAUAUCCUAAAGACCAUUUGAUGUCAUUACACAAAAAUCUUUCCUCUUUUUUGAUUUUAAUAUUUUUAUUUUUUAUUAAUCUUAGAGGAAAGGAGAGAGAAAGAGAGAAGCGCUGAUCAGUUGCCUCCUGCAUGAGGGAGGGAGAGAGAGAGAGACAGACAGACAGACAGACACUGAUCAGUUGCCUCCUGCAUGUGCCCCAACCAAGAAUCGAACAUGCCACCUGAUGUACGGGAUGAAGCUCUUACCGUAAGGGCUUCCCUCAUUUUUUAAAAGUGAUUGUACACUAUGGAUGUAUGCAAUUGAACCUGUCCCUUACUAAUGAACAUAUAUUGUUUCCAAUCUUCUGCUAUUAUAAUGCUGAAAUGAAUUACCUUGUAUACAUUUGUCAUUUUAUAUAUACAUAAAUUUCUCUCUGUAGGAUAAAUGAUCAGAAUAUGUGCACUUGUAAUUUAUAUCAAAUUAAAUUUAUAUCUGUAUAUUUUUUCUUUGCACUAGCAGUGCAAGUGCCCAUUUCCCCAUAGCCUCACUGACACAGUGUAUUAGCAACUGUUCUUUGCCACUCUUAGAGCUUGAGCAUGUGUGUGUGUACGUACACUUGCAAUAGUAUUCUAUGAGGUAGCAUUUCACGUUUAGAGCUUUUGAAUUUCCUUUUCUGUUCUCUUACAAUCCCUAUGUAUUAAUCUUCAUUAAUUUUAAAGCAAAUUCAAACCAUAUUAUCAUUUGUAUUUCAGUGUGCAUCUCUUUAAAUAGGACUUUAAAAAUAUCAUCAUUCCUAAAAAUACUAAUUCUUUUUAUCACUAAAAAUAUCUAUUUGAAAUGUCUUUUUUAAAAAAACCUUGAGUCAGGAUCUAAAUAGUCUACAUAUUGCAGUUGGUUACUCUGCCUCUUUUCCCCCCUGUGACAUUUUUAAAUACAAAAUUUUAAUCAAACAAUAAAGUGACAUUUUUAAAUAGGAAGUUUCAAGCAUACAAUAAAGGCAACUAUAAGCAUGCCUAUACCUAUCACCUCGAAAAGGUACUAUUUUGCCAUACUUUAUCAUCUGUGCAUCCAUUGGUCUAUUUUCUUUAUGUGUGUCUAAGUUGUAAAUAUCUAUAUUUGACUCUUAAGCUUUUGGGCAUAUAUAUUGUUAAGUUUUUACUUGUAAAAUUUACAGUGAAGUGAAUAAAUGUUAAAUGUACCAUUAGAUGAGAUUUGAUACACAACUUGUAACCCAAAUUCCCAGCAAGCUACGGAACAUCAUCACAUCAGGAAGUUUCUGCACCUCUCCCAUCUCUUCUCCCUGUUAGGAUUUUCACCAUGGAUUAGUUUAGCCAUUUUAGAGCUUCAUAUAAAUGGAAUCAUACAGUAUGUGUGUGCAAAUUCCUCUUCAGCGUGUUUUGAGAUUCAUCCCUAUGUUUCCGCUUGGUUUCUUUUCAUUGCCGAGUAGUAGUCUAUUGUAUGAACAUGCCACAGUUUAACUUUUCAUGUGUUAGAUGAACAGCUGGUGGACAAUGGGCUGUUUCCCAUUUGGGCUAUAAUAAAAUUGCUAUGAACCUCUUGUGCAA